AUGUUCCGCUCCGGAUGCCCCCAAAGGAAAUCAGGCCCUGCUAAUCCUGCUGGUUUAUGGAUGCAGACACGCCCGGUGCGAGAAUUGGGACUGGCGUGGAAGACGAAAACGCAGAGCUGCACGGGGAAGGGAGCUGCUCGGUGUUCUUGGGCAAUGCUACUGGGACAGCAGCUGCGGCUGCGGAAGCGCUCCGCACGAAGAGCUGCCGACCAGGAGGCACAGAAGAAGGGAGCUCCAAAAAAGUACUUGAUGCUCGAGACGCAAAAGGGAGACGUGUCGCUUUUGCUGCGUCCAGACUCCGCACCACGCACGGUGGAGCACGUGUGUAAGCUGGUGAAUGCGUCUCUUUAUGACGGAUGCUACUUCUACCGAUCGGAUUUCGUUCUUCAGUGGGGCCUCUGGCUGCCGAGCGAGACCGAGGUGGAGAACCCAUAUCCCGACAUCGAAGAGAACGAGACACAAAUUGGCACUUUCAUCUCCAAUGCGCCUGGCACGGUCGCAGUGGCGCAUGGCAUUGGCGUGAACGGCAACUCCGAUAUCUUCAUCAACCUCAAGGACAACAGCUACCUGGACACCAUGUCGCUGGGCUUUUGUGUAUUUGCAGAGCUUGCUGAUGCAGAAAGCCGUCGGGUUGUGAACGAGCUUGCCGCGGCUGUUCUCAAGGACGAGAAACCUGUAAUUACGCGGGCCUCCAUAAUCAGCCAGCAGCGCCCGGCGAAGAGGCUGCCGCUGGCGAUCGUGAUGGAGAAAAGUUACAGCACUUUUCGUGGUGAAUGGGACGGCGUUGAGACUUUGCUGAAGUGGGCAGUGGCAGACACUGGACGCCGUGUUCGUGGUCUCCCACAGAAGGCCUUGCACAUGGAAAUGGAGCAGACUCAUGAGUUUCUGGCGGAGGAAUUCUACGAUGCGCUCCUACCGGUGUGGCAGGAGAUCACCGAAGGGCGUGGCCCACAGGUUCCUCCGCAGUACGAGGACCACGGCUUGGUGCGGUCUAUGUCACAGCUGGUGCCUCAAAGACGGGCUUCCUGUGUCGAGGCCUCAGAAGGCAGCGGCAAUCAAGACGCCGAGAAGGAGGACCCGAUCCGGUCUGUCAGCGGCAGCUUACAUGGGAGCAGCAUGCGCUUGGAAGCACUUCUGGGGAGAACGCAGCCACUGCAGACAGACCGCUCUGAAUCCGGUGGGUUGGAAAGAUUUCUCUGCCGCGCUCGUUCAGGUUGCAGGGUCGAGCUUCCGGACCUCCUCAGAGCCCACGACGAGCUGAUGGCCGAAAACUUGCAUCUUCGAAGGGAGAACGAGGUGCAGGGAGAGAUAGCUUUGUUUUGCGUCGUGGUCUUCACUGUUCUGAAGAACUUCAGGCAAGCCCUACCAAGUCACAUCGGACAGAGGUGUCGCCAUCCGCUCGCAUGCCAAGCCGAUUUGCUUCAGAGGCGAACUCCGAAGAGUCUGACGGCGCAAAGGCUAAGCCGGACUCGCAGAGAAGCGCUCGAAGAUCAUUGCCCCGCUGCCUCCACACAGGUGCCAGUCAACGUUUCUGUUGACGACGAAGAGGAAGCAGAAAUUCCCGAGGAAGGCUCACAGAUCAGGCGCUCCUCUUGGAGAGACCAGGCUCCAGCGAGUCCGAGCCUUCUGAAUGCAGCUGCGGCUGCCUUCGUCGCAGCGACGAGCUUGGGCCGCAGCCCGAAGGCACAAACCAGGCCGGAGGAUUCUCGGGGCAAAGAACCAUGGGUGUGUGCGAUGCCCUUGGCAUCCGAAGCGCCACCCGCUGUGCGGAAGGAGGAAUUCAAGGAUGUGCGGCCACCCUCACCGCAGCGAUUGGCAGUCCCAAGCGCAAAGGCAUCAGCACAGGUGCCCAGCAAGGCGCUUCUUCGCCUGCCUGUGCCAUCCGCUGCGGAGCGGGCGCGGUCGAUGUGUGCCGAGGUCAGAAGCAGGAGUCCCAACUCGGCCACGUCUGGGUCACCCUGGCGCAAAGCCAUGCGUCCGACGAAGAACGCUGCAUGGCUCAAGCAGGCGGAGAAGGACUUAUCCAACAGAUCGUCCGUGUCUGGCCGAAUGGUGCCUUUCGAAUUUAUGGGCGCCAGUCCGAAAGCUUGGGGAGGCACUGAGGAGGAGGGCUUCGAAGGCUGGGUCCCGCUAACGAUCAUGGACUUCACGCCGGUGAACCGUUCCUUCUAUGUCCAGCUUCCCAAAAAUGUCGGCACGUCCUGGCGACCGGCUCCGCUGCUCAUCGCGCUGCACUCGCAAGGGGACCAAGCGGAUUCGAUGGCCUACAGCCACGACUACGGCACUUUUGGGAAGUCGCUGGGUUUCGUCACUGUGUUUCCGCAGGGUCUCGACGAUGCGGUUCCAGGUGGUGGCGACUUGGGAACAGGCUGGAAUGUGGGAACUGCUGGAGAUGACCAGACAUGUGUCACCGAUGAGGUCACAGCAGACUGCUAUGCAUCGUGCUGGGAGCAAAGCAAGUGUGGAAGCUGCAACUGGUCUGGAUGCUACGAUGAGAGGCUUUUCAUCUACUCCGUCAUCCAGCUGAUCAGCUCCGUCCUGUGCAUUGAUGAAAGCCGCGUCUAUGUCACAGGUGAGAGCAACGGAGGUAUGCUUGCUCACUACCUUGUGCAAUCACUCCCCGGAACUUUUGCGGCCGUGGUCCCUUGGUAUGGCCUUCCUCUUCUUGGAUAUGGCCUGGGGGCAGAGUUUGAGCUGGUCCGUGAUCGGACGGAUUGUCGGCAGACGGCCAUGCUCCAGCUCCACGGACGCCAAGAUGAGAUCAUGCCUGUGGCAGGAGGUGUGUCCGGCGGCUUCCAACCUGGUUGGAUCUAUGAACCCUUGAAUAAAGUACAGCAGGGCUGGGCUGCAGUUCACAACUGCGAUACCGUUGCCAGCCCGACCCACACCUAUUGGGAUGGUGGGGAAAAGAAUUUCGCAUGCUUCGACUACAAGGGUUGUACCAGCGGAAGGCGUAUCAUGCGCUGCUUCUACGACGGUGGCCAUGGUGAUCGCCCGGGCGAGGGUGCCGCAGACCAAAUCACGGUGUGGUUUUUGUUGCAGUAUCGCUUGGAUGCGGGCCAUGCAGGUGUGGCUUACACUCGGCACUUGGCCCUUGCCAACGACGAUGAAGUCAGACAAUCGACCGCGUUUCACACGUUCGUGCAGCGUGCUGAACGGCCCCCAGGCAGUACUCCCUCCACGGACAGCAUUGUCUCCUAUGUCUCUUUCAGGAUUUCAUUCAGGACAGAGGAGCCUGGACGGCUUUUCUACUCGACCAUCCCCCGUGGGCUGGACGUGAGCAUCAACGAGAUGCUGCAGCCGAUCUUUUCGCACAUCAACAGGGAGGACCACGCUGAGCGCACAGCACUGCUGCACUUGACACGCGCCUUCCUGAAACGUAGCGGCUGGGAGGCAAGUGACGACUGUGCUGGAUGGCUGCGCUUGUACAUAUCGCACUUUCUGUGCAUUUCCUGUGUGGCGGUUAUUUGCCAGUCUGACGCUCUAGCAUUAGCGAAUCCUGCUCCCGCGCUGAAGUUCGUGCGCUUCUUCCCCGCCAUCAGACUCGAGCUAGACUUCGACAACAUGUGGAAGACACGCUUCGAGCCUGCUGACCAGCGGGGUGCCGAGCGCUUCCUGGCAGAGGGUGGUCUUCCAGGGCGCCGGCAGCGGAUUGAGCAGGGCUUCUACGAGUGGUAG